UGUCCAAAAAACCAAACACUGAAGGAGAGAAGACUUUGUUAAGUUAAGCGGUGUGUCUUCAAGUGUCGUGCAUGCAUUUUAUGCAUCUGUUCCUCUGCAUGCACCCUCUUUCUCUUUCUCUCUCUCUCUUCAACGUUUAUAAUUUAUAUUUAUAAUAAACUCUCAAAUCAACUCAACUCAACUCAACUCAACUCAACUCAAUACAAUACAAAUACAACUCAACUCACUCAACACGCUUUCUUGGUCGAGACCCAUAUACAACAACCGGCCCGCUGUUACUUUUUUCAUUUUAAACUCCGCAGUUGACCCUCUUCUUCACCAACUUAUUUAUCAUAAUGGGUUUCCGUUACAUUUUCAAGAUCUGGGUUUUGUGAUUUCAACUAGUUAAUAAUGGGGUCGAGAAUUUGCAUGAAUGCAUCAUGUGGAACAGCCGCUACCCAUGAAUGGAAAAGAGGUUGGCCUUUGCGAUCUGGUGGAUAUGCUGAUCUAUGCUAUAAUUGCGGAUCCGCGUAUGAGAAUUUUGUGUUUUGUAAUACAUUCCACUUAGAGGAACCUGGUUGGAGGGAAUGCUACUUAUGCCACAAGCGUCUGCACUGUGGGUGUAUAGCCUCAAAAUCUUUGCUUGAGAUAUUGGAUUACGGGGGAGUUGGGUGUAACAACUGUUCAAUGACCUCUCGACUUCAUGCAAUGCAGAGAGAUGAAAUUCGUAAUGAAUUUGGUGCAUUAACAAUAAAUAAUGCUGAUAGUCUACGAUCUAAAGUUGUUGAAAAGACGGUGGUUGCUAAAGUUGCUGAUGAGGGAAAGCUGACGCAGUUGUGCAGAAUUAUGGAGGCAAAUGAACCCAAUUUCCUCAAAUCUCAGAUAGGUGAUACAAGUGUGUCUGUUGGGCAAGAAAAACGGGUGGAGGUCAGGACACCUUUUGGUGAAGUUGGCACAAGCAUUUCGAGUGCAAAUCAAUCAUCUGUUGGAUCAUCCAAACUUGCCAAGCCUGAUGGUAGAUCUAUGUUAGACAUUAGAGAUAUGCAUGAAUCACAUGCUCAACCAUCUCUUAGUAUGAGUUUGGGUGUGCCAUCUGGCGGUACAAAUUAUGUGCUACCCUUUUCUAAUGGAACUGCUGAUGGAAGGGAGCAAAGCAAAGUAUCUUCUCUCUUUCAACAAGGCCAAAGAUCUCGUCCUAUUUUACCAAAACCCCCUAAAACUGGCCUUAGCAUAAGUCCAGAGACAAGUAAAGGUACAGCCUCUCAACUGCGGAUUGCAAGGCCACCUGUUGAGGGCCGGGGCAAAAACCAUUUACUUCCUCGGUACUGGCCGAGGAUUACUGAUCAAGAGCUGCAGCAACUAUCUGGAGAUUUGAAUUCCACCAUUGUGCCACUGUUUGAAAAGGUUCUAAGUGCUAGCGAUGCCGGUCGAAUUGGUCGUUUGGUUCUCCCUAAAGCAUGUGCUGAAGCAUAUUUUCCUCAUAUAUCUCAAUCAGAAGGGGUUCCUUUAAGGAUUCAAGAUGUUAAAGGGAAAGAGUGGAUUUUUCAGUUCAGAUUUUGGCCCAACAACAAUAGCAGGAUGUAUGUUUUAGAGGGUGUAACCCCUUGCAUACAGUCUAUGCAAUUACAAGCGGGUGAUACUGUUACAUUUAGUCGGAUAGAUCCUAGUGGCAAGCUUAUAAUGGGGUUUCGGAAGGCAACAAACUCUGAAGAAAUGCAGGAUGCUCAAACAUCUGCCUUUCCAAAUGGUGUUUCUGGGGAAAGUUCUAUUUCUGGUAUUACUGAAAAUCUCCCUACUGUAAGCGGUUAUUCUGGUCUUUUCCAAACACUAAAAGGAAGCAAGGAACCUCACAUGAAUGUACUGCCAGAACAUUUGAGUUUGGCUGAUGGGGAUAUUGAUUGGCAUAAAAGUGAUAAUCGUGAAGGCAAGACAAAAGAGGAGUCACCACAGCAAUCUGUUCCGAACUCAGAGAAGAAAAGAACUAGAAAUAUUGGAUCCAAAAGUAGGAGAUUGUUAAUGCACAGCGAAGAAGCACUGGAGCUAAGACUUACAUGGGAAGAAGCACAGGACUUGCUGCGGCCACCCCCAAGUGUCAAACCAAGCAUUGUCACCAUUGAGGACCAUGAAUUUGAAGAAUAUGAUGAGCCUCCAGUUUUUGGAAAGAGGACUAUAUUCAUUGCUCGACCAUCUGGUCCUUUGUCCAGGGGACAGGAGCAAUGGGCUCAGUGUGAUGAUUGCUCCAAAUGGCGAAAAUUGCCGAUGGAUGUUCUACUCCCUCCAAAGUGGACAUGUUCAGAUAAUGUUUGGGAUUCAAUAAGGUGUUCAUGUUCUGCACCAGAGGAGAUGAGUCAGAGGGAAUUGGAGAAUCUUCUUAGAGUUGGUAGAGAUUCCAAGAAGCGUAAGAUUGUAGAGAGCAAUGCAGUGCAAGAACGUGAGCUGUCUGGCUUAGAUGCACUGGCAAGUGCUGCUGUUCUAGGAGACAAUGCAGGAGACUUGGGCGAGCCUUCAGUUGGAGUCACUACUAAGCAUCCCCGACACCGGCCUGGCUGCACUUGCAUAGUGUGCAUCCAGCCCCCAAGUGGCAAAGGACGGCACAAACCCACUUGCACAUGCAAUGUUUGCAUGACCGUGAAGCGCAGGUUUAAAACCCUAAUGCUGCGCAAAAAGAAACGUCAAUCAGAACGUGAAGCGGCAGAACUUGCUCAGAAGGACCAUAACGAUGACAAAGGUGAAACAGAAACGAAUGACAGUACAAUGAAAACUGAAGUGAUGCAAACGAGUCCUUCAGAGAAUGAAAUGAGCCAGAAAAGAUGUCAAGGAGAGGUGGGUGAGAGCAGCAGUGGACAAAUAGAUUUGAAUUGUGAUCCCAUUGGAGAAAUGGGAGUUAGCCUUUUGACACUGGUACAAAGCGGCCAGCCAUUAGAGGAUUACAUGCAGCAGCAUCAGCCAAAUGGGGGAAGUUCAUCAUGUUUACUUCAAGUUAAUGGGGAGAAUGAGAGACUUCUGUCUGAUGAAGGAUUCCUGGCAUCUGUGGGGUGGGGUGGAGAUCAGGAGACCAAUUUAGACUGAAAUGGUUUUUAUUUUAUUUUUUUCAUUUUCAACUUUGGUAACGAUAGAUCACUCACUACCCCUUUGUUCUUAAUGUUUGAAUGGAGUCCAGGAGGGAGACUGUGUACAAUUUUUGUUUUUUUUCUGUAAAGGGGUGGUGUCAUACUUUACAGAUAAAUGCAAUUUUUUUUCAUGGCUUCGUGAUAAUUAUAGUAAAUAAAAUGGAUGAACUUUCAUUA